UUGCAGACUAUUAGCAUUAGCGCCACUGUGUAAGCCGGCUCCGUGUCCCCAUCAUUCGCCACUACCAUUUUGGCGGCAAAAUUUCUCCAUUUAUGCGAAAGCUUUGGAGCUUCCAUUUUGAAUUUCUCGUCGUCUUCUUCAUUGGAAAAGAAGCUUUUUCAGGAAGCGAUAGAGUAAUUCUGAUGGAAGGAAGUAAAGGCGAAGCGGUAUUCGAUUCACUGAAUCUGAAUCCACAGCUCUUCAUUAAUGAAGCUCUCAAUAUUGUAGACGAUUUAGUUGAUGACGCUUUCGGUUUCUAUCAAUCACAAGCAUCAGCGACCUUGAAGACCGAGGGCUCGGAUCGAUCCCAGGAUCUUACCCUGGGAAUAUCGCGAGUCCGAGCGUUGGUUCAAUUGGGUCUGGAUAAGCGGUUGGCCAUGUGGGAGAAGUACUGUCUCAAUCACUGUUUCUCAGUACCUGAAGGUUUCUCUUUACCAUCAAAUGAUGAUUCACCUGGUGUCACUUCAAUAAGUCAUGACUAUGACGUGGGUCUGGAUACAGAGCUAGAUUUUUUGAGGAAUAAGCUCUCUGAGGUCAGAAAAGAGAAUAUUGUAUUGAACCAAGAGCUACAAGCUUUGGAAAGGCAAACUGCUACCAGUAACUCCCAAAUCAAUCAUUUCAACGAAGCAUUACAAUUAUAUGAGCAAAAUUCUGUGAAUGAAAUGUUCCAGGAAAUGAUGGGAACUGCAUCGGAGCUGCGAGCGAAAAUAGGAAAGCUGAAGAAAAGGAGGAUGGAGGAAUCCAAGCUGACUAAAGUAGAGAAGGUUCAUACAAACGGGGACAUCUCUCACUAUCAUAAUGGUUUAUCUAAUGCUAAGCUGGAUGACAUUAAAAUUUUUUUAGAUGAUUUGAAGACCCUUUGAAGUAUUUCAUUAUGACAUCAACCUUACUGUAUAUGGUGCUUGCUGUGAAACUUGUCACUACGAGUUCUUCAAUGUUUAAACUUGAUUUAGCUGUUGGGAGAUAUUCUAAACCAAAUUUGUAUAAUAUUUCGUUUGGAUUGAUGACUAUCCUUAGCUCUCUCCUUAAGAGUUUGCAGAUGGGCCAUGAGUAGGUGUUGGCUCAAUCCUAUAAAUUAUUAUGGUUCGUUUCAGAAGCUUCUCUUUUGUUU